GAAACCUAACUCCUCCGUUCACCAAACCUCACACCCACCACCAUUAACACUAACACUGCUAUAUAAUAAGAGUAUCAUCCUCCUCACAAUUCCCCACACACACACAACACACAACACACAGUACAACAACUAUGGAGCUCAAAAUAGCCAUGUUUCCAUGGAUAGCAAUCGGCCACAUCACCCCCUUCAUCCAUCUAGCUAACGAGCUCGCCAAACGAGGCCACUCAAUCUCCAUUUUCAUCCCUCCCAAGUCAGUUCUUCAGCUCGCCCACCACAAUCUCUACCCAGAUCUCAUCGAGUUCACCCCCGUCGGAGUUCCCCACGUCGACGGCCUCCCCACCGGCGCCGAGACCGCCUCCGACAUCGACAUCUCCGCCAAGGACCCGCUCGCCGUCGCCUUCGACGCCAUGUCCGGCGAUAUAGAGACGCUGUUGCAGAACCUCAAGCCCGACAUCGUCUUCUACGACUUCGCCGACUGGAUUCCGGCGCUGGCCGCGAAGAUCGGGUUCAAGACUGUUUGUUAUAACGUCAUCUGCGCUUCCGUCAUGGCGAUCGGCAUUGUUCCGGCGAGGAGUAUCCCGACCGACCGGCCGCUGACGCUGCAGGAGCUGAUGGAGCCGCCCAGUGGGUACCCUUCCUCCACGGUGGUGCUCCGCGGCCAGGAGGCGAUGACGCUGUCCUUCAUCGGCAUGGACUACGGCGCCACCAAGUUCCACGUCCGCAUCGCCGCCGCCAUGAGGGGCUGCGACGCCAUCGGAAUCCGAACCUGCCGCGAGCUGGAGGGCCCCAUGGUCGACUACCUCUCGUCCCAGUACAACAAGCCCGUCUUCCUAUCCGGGCCGGUUCUCCCGGAACCAGCAAAAGAGCCACUGGAAGAAAAAUGGCUGACGUGGCUGAGCAAAUUCCCGCCAAAAUCAGUUGUCUACUGCGCUUUCGGAAGCCAGAUGAUUCUGAAGAAGGACCAGUUUCAGGAAAUGGUUCUGGGCUUCGAGAUGACCGGGCUUCCGUUCUUCGUGGCGGUUUCGAAGCCCGCCGGAGCGGACUCCAUCGAGGAAGCCCUGCCGGAGGGGUUCCUGGAGAGGGUUGGCGGCAGAGGGGUGGUGCACGGCGGGUGGGUCCAGCAGAUCCAGUUCCUGAACCACCCGUCGGUGGGUUGCUUCGUCAGCCACUGCGGGUUCGGAUCCAUGUGGGAGUCUCUGCUGAGUGACUGCCGGAUAGUGCUGGUGCCGAGGCUGGCGGAUCAGAUACUGAACACGCGGCUGCUGGCGGAGGAGCUGAAGGUGGCGGUGGAGGUGGAGAGGGGUGUCAUGGGCUGGUUCUCUAAGGAGGAUUUGAGCAAGGCGAUCGUUUCCGCCAUGGAUGAAGAAAGUGAGCUCGGGAAAAUGGUGAAGCGGAAUCAUGCUGUGUGGAAGGAGACUUUGGUCAACCCUGGAUACAUGGAUGAUUACGUUGAUAACUUCAUUCAACAAUUGUAUCAACUCUAAUUUUUUUUUUAAUCUUGAUUGUUUAAUCAGAUUCAUUAGUUGUAACGUUUUGUUUUGUGUUGUUGUAACAAUAAUAUUAAGAAAAUUAAUAAAUAUGUAUUGCUUUUUUUAAGAAAAAAAAAACAAACAUAUAAUGCGAUUAAAGUAAUUUUA